AUGGUGGGGCCCGAUUGGCGAGUGGGCGCGUGGACAUUCGUCUCGAUUCCGGCUGGCACCGUCGGGUGGGGUUGUCUGAUUAUUUUCGGAGCGCCAGACGACGGUGGGGACAUGCUCCGGACCAUCAUCGUCGCCAUCGGCGGAGGCUUAGCCCUGGUGACCAUGGCGUUUUACCUGAGCACCGCCUGCACCGACCCUGGCAUCGUCUUCAAGCACACGGCCACCCCGGUUAGAGGGACCCCGGCUGCCGGACAUGGACCGAGGGGUAGCGGCGGCAGAAGCGCACUCUUGGCAUUAUCGGCUGGCGCUGGCACCCCAGUGCCUACUGGUGGUGGUGGUGGUGAUGUUGCAACGGGGGGAAAGGGUGGAGCGGCGGUGGCGGUGGCCGGAGGGGGGGCGGAAGAAGGGAAGGAGGCGCAAGGGGCGGGGGCGACUUGGGGCACCGAGGACGUGGAGGCCCAACAGAUUCUCGACAUCCUAACGGAUGACUACCGGGAGGGGGCGAAGUCUCACGAGGUGGCGACUGUCGCUGCUGCGGAGGAAGGGCUGCCGCCCGAAGACUGCGCCGCCGCGGCCGAUGCCGGUUCGAAAGCUGUAGCAGAUAUGCGAAACGUCCCGCCGCCGGAGGAGGCGGCGGCCUCUUCUGCUCCGCGCCAGCGCGGCGCAACGGUGGGAGGGGGCGACAGCGCCACCAUAUGCGGACGGUGCCAGAUAGAGCGACCACCCGGGGCUGUCCAUUGCACCCUCUGCGGCGUCUGCGUGCAGAAGCUGGAUCACCAUUGCCCUUUCAUGGGGCAAUGCGUCGGCAGGAAAACCCUCGUCCCGUUCUACUUGUUCGUGGUAUCCGUCUGGUUUCUUAUUGUCUACGUUUUGCUCGCCGUAGCUUAUCUUGUUGUCGCAGUCGUGUACAAUGGGUUGUAGCCCCCCCCGCAGUCACGACUCGGUUCGUGCCGCGAGUUGGCAUGACCUUUCCUUUAUCGGCAGGACUAUUGAGGGCGGGUCCGGGGCGUGCUGCAGAGCGCGAAGAAUGUGCCUGAUGAUGAUUUAUCUUUGGAAGUCGUGUCUGGAGGCCAUACGUUCGACAUCGCUAGUCUUGGUAGACGGACCGCUGCCUGUAGCUUUGGAUACCCCCCCCCCGGUUUUCUGUGUUUUUUGCAGUUUGCUACUCCCCACCCGCGAAUGCUGUAGUCAGUCCCGUUCAGGGGCAUCGCGGGUUGUGUCCUCUUUUUGUUUCCCCCCAUUUAGUGUUGUGACGGACCAGGUUGCUGACAAGAUGAGACGCCGAAACAAGAUGUUGGAAUAGCUGCUGGAGUUGUAGUGUUGCUGGUAUUUUUGGUUGUGAUGUUGG